CUCUCUCGAUUGCUGCGGUGACACCGUGGCUUCAUAGGUGGUGCCUGGCGGCUAUGAAACCUGUCGAUUUACAUGUACUACUGCAGAAGACAUUUUUUUGCCAUGGCCGGUCUCCUGUGCGCCUCUGCUGGGUCACGUGCUAGAUCGCGUACAUGUACCGAUGCUCUUCUCUCCGCAACGUUCAGGCGCGGAUGCGCAGCAGCAGCAAGACCGACACCGCCCGUGGCUGCAGCGAGGGUGGGGUUUGUCGUGACCCUAGAGCGUUCCGUUGUCACCGACACCGAGGACGGGGCUCUAUGGAAGAGCGGAGUGUUCGACGCGGAAAUACAUCCAGACCUACCCCCGGCGGGUACCAUGGCUGGGCUUGCCCGCUGCUACCUUCGAAGAGCGAAGGCGGCCGUGUUCGAGAUGAGACCCGAUGGGAACAGCGACAGCAGCAGCGAAGGGGAGAAGGCAGCAGGAUCGGAUACAGACACCGUUGGUCGAUGCGUUGCUAAGGAAGGAAACGAGGGGGGCUAUCUCGUCCGCACCGUCCCCGUGCAACUGUCGCGACAAAAGGAACUUCGACGACGCCUUGCGGUAGCGGCAGGGGUAGAUGCGGAAGGGGCCAAAGUCCGGAACGUGCGGCCUGCCGAUGCGCUACUGCUGGUUUCUGGAAGCCACCCCGGGCGACGCCUGCCGUUCGCCAAGAGUUUCCUCCCGGACGUCUACGACGAGCUUCGCUUGGCAACAAGCAUGCGAAAUAGCGGCCGUUUGCCGAAGGGGUUGGCCCUUUGGGCAGUCGCGAACCCUUUGGCGGAGGCGGACGAGGCGGGGGUUGACCGCGUUCGGAAGAAGGUGGAGCUCGGGGCAGAGGUUAUUCUCACGCAGCCGCCUCUUGCUUGGGAACUAUUCGAACGGUGGCUGCAAGGCGUUCACGCCAGCGGGGCUCUGGGGAGAAGUGCCGCGGCGAGAAACGCCGGAUUGACGAAACCCGGGGAGGGGACGGAUGCCACGGUGAAGAUAUUCGAAACGUCCGGGUCGACGGGCGAAGAGCGGUCUACUCGCCACCCGCUUGCCGCAGCAGAGGGACGAAGAGGAGGAGACCCCGCAGCGAGGAUUCUGGUAGGGCUGCCUGUCAUCACCUCACCCAAGGGGCUCCGCUUCUGGCUCGACCUGUGCGGGUUGCACGACAAACCGGGUGUCUGCAAGCAGGUCUUCGAGGCCUUCGGACAACCUUCGUCGGUCGUGGCGAGAACGGGGUCUGAGGAACCACACGCACACCCCGCCGGGGAAAAGCAAGCAACAGCCGUUGCUGGGUCGCCUCCGUCCCCGUACGGGCAGGAGUGGUUGGAGACUACAAUGUUGAAGCUCAAGAGUCUAGACGGGAGCGGGUUGGGCGUGGCAGGGGUGCAUCUCAUGGCGCCUGGCCGAGCGCCCCGGCGGCGGGCGAUAGAGCUUGCCGCCACAGGAUUUUUCGGGAAACCUCGCUGAUGCCGGUUGUUCUAAUUGUAACCGUAAUUUUUUCAUUCUCAACCCGUCAAACCAAGCCGUGUGCUCCACCUUACUGUCACGAGUCUCUUCUCUUCUCGUUGUAAAGUUCUUUCCCCGCACGCCCUUAACAUCGGUGCUCGAGUCACGAUACACUGACAAUUGCCACACAAUUAUAUCACAACGGCCACAAAACAUCCCCCCCUUCCCCGAAGUUUUUGUCCGCAUGCCCUCAUCUAUCACGGCCAGCUUGUAACAACUCUACGCCCACAACGUGCAGGGCCGAGCCGCUCACCUUGAACAAAUACAAUUCUCCACCAAUACAUGGUGAGUUUCUGUGUACAUGAAUCACAUCCUCCCACGGUACCCCAGAGGACCGGGGCAUCGGUAGGCCCCCGCGUCCGAAGACCAUGCGCAUGGUAAUAUUGUGUACAGUCGCUGGCACCCGAAUCCCCUUUUCCGUUCCUCGCAAAACUCCGAAAAUACAAACAAGCCACCACAAAAAAAAGACAAUACGAGCAAUAUGCCCGACUCUUCCCUCAACAACGCCAAGCGUCACCCAUUCAAACUCAAA